CUGAGCCCAGCUCUCACCCCCAAUACCAGGCCCCUAACCAGGUCGCACCUACACGUGUACGUCGGCCGCACCACGUGCUCAUCAGCAGGCGGGAAUCCCCUGUCCGGCUGCGCCUGCGCGUUACCUGACCGGGGCGGUCAACAGCGUCUGUGUGUCACGUGGGACGACGCGGUCACGUGGGCACGGGCCGGCUCGCGCAGCAGCGUCCUCUGGCCGGUGACGUAGACCCAACGGCGGAAGUUUGUGUUUGUCCGUCGCUCCGCGCCCACCUGAGGCCCCGGACAGGACAAUCGCGACCCCGUGUCCCCCGUUCACUCUCUCCGCCUCUCCCAUCUGACACCGGGGACUCGAGUCCGGUUCGGUUCCGCCCGGAGGCCACGGCGCCGGCCGGCCUCGGCCCAGCGCAGGGAAACCCAGGCCCUCCGUCUGAGGAAGCGGGAGGCCGCGGCGUUGAGACACCGCGGGCGCUGAAGUGUCGGUUAUGUGAGCGGUCUGGAGUCGGGCGGUAGCCCGAGAGCCAGUGAAGCUCGCGGCUGGAGGUCGUGGAAGCAUUUGGAUUCUGUGUUCCUGUAGAUGUUAAUGUCCUGAUGUGUUACUGUGCUCCUCUGCCUUGUAAAUAGCACACACAUUCAGAAACGGGUCUGUUAAAUUGUUAUCCGAGCCUAACCCUGGGCGUUCUGGCCAGUCUUUCUUUGUCUGAGAGCUCAUCCAUCCAGAGCCGCCAAAAUAGCUGGGCCAGGAAAGAAACGACGAAACCCUGAGCCAGAUCCCAUCAGUGACGCAAGCAGUGCUCCUCUGUCGGCCAAGUGGCUGAAAAUGGCCAGUACGGCUGAGAACGGCAGGAGGAGACUGGGACGGAAUCGGGAGGAGGCCGCAAACAAGAAGAAGCUGAAGGACAAAGUCAACCAGGAGAACAAAGAUGGGAAAGUUACCGCUGACGGUGAGCCAAAGAAAGGUUUACCAAGCAAUCAAGAUGCUUUGCACGGUAUAGGUAGUGAUGAUCUGUUUGUUGACUGGAAACAGAAUGCAGAUGAGGUUAUUGUGAAGUUGAAGCCAGGAGAGGGAAACCUAAAGGUUGAUGAGGUUGAUGCGGCUUUCACAGACUCUGACUGCAUCAUUACACUACCAGAUGGACGCCAAUGGAGUUGUCAGUUCCAUGAAGAGAUUGAAAGCUCGUGCACUAAGUUGCAGUACAAGGAGAAGGGAAAGUUCCUGCAGCUUGUUAUGCCAAAGAAGAUUCCUCUAUACACAUGGUCAUCACUCAUGAAGAAGAAAAAUAAAGGGCAGGCCACGAUUAUUCCCCCAAAGGAUUCUGGGAAAGAGAAGGUUUCACCCAUUGAAAGUUCCGAAGAGCUAAAAUCGGGAAAAUUGUCUGACCUCUCAGAAAAAAGAGCAAAAUGCGAGCGUGGAAUCAAACGCCCCAUCAAGGUGAAAGCCCCAGGAAAGACAGAGUCGCCACCUGAGCCUGGGGUAAAACGUACCAUUCAGUGUAAGAAUCUGGAUAAUGCUCGAGUUAACCCUGAGCCCAUUGCAACGCAGCCUGUCUACGUCAAGUCCAGUGAAGGAACAGACUCUGCCUCCUUUGAAAAGGACACAAAGUGUGCUGAAAGUCCAAAACCUGCCUCAAAUGAACUUCGUACAAGUGAUUCUGAUGGAGGACUAUUGGAUUCAAUGGUUGAUUGUAAGGUGAAGAGGAAUGGCCGGGGUCCUCAGGGAGACUGGCACAUGGAGGAGAAAUGUGAAGCCAAUACAGGGCUAGUAUCGACUGAGAAAGCUGAGUUGGAAGUGACCGAGAAGGAGAAACUGCUUCCGGAGAGCCAUGAUAUCAACGCUACAUCAGCUCAAUUAUUCUGCGAAAGUACGGCACAGCCUUCAAGUUUAAGUGUUCCUGUGGAUCCAGUAGUGGGUGACACUGGGACAAAGGCUCAGGAGUCUGUUGGAAACUGUCCUGAGGUUGCUGAUGUAACUGUGGAAAGGACAGUGACAUGGAGUUCAUCUGUAAAUGAGAACUCUGACACAUCUGCUGGAAGCCAAAUGGACCCUAUCAAACAACUGACUGAAGGGCAGGUCCCAUUAGAAAGGCCCAGUGAGGGCACCACAUCACCGUCUCAUUCAUCUGUGGAGAACACCAACCAGGUGAAGGAAAGUCUUUCUGAGGAAAAGGUUGAAGUGCCAGAUGGUUAUGUGAAUCUGAGCUUUGUCAAGUAUGACUCGUAUGAGAAGGGCACAGAUGCAAUGGUGGUCCAUGUGUACGUGAAGGAGAUCUGCAAAUCCACGUCGAAGGUGCUCUUCCGCGAGCAAGACUUUACCCUCAUUUUCCAGACCAGCCACGAGCCAUUUCUGCGUAUCCACCCUGACAGUGGACCAAACACCAUCUUCAAGUGGCAGGUGAAAGUUCGGAACCUGAUUAACCCAGAGCAGUGUCACUACACCUUCACGACAUCGCGUAUUGACAUUUGUCUGAAGAAGAGGCGGAACCAGCGGUGGGGAGGGCUCGAAGCCCUGGCAGCACAAGGUGCAGUGGGUGGUGCCAAAGUAGCUGUGCCUGCAGGCCCACCGUCACUAGACAAAGCUCAGCCUGGGAGCAGCCAGCAUGCACUUCCUCCCAAGGAGGAGCCACGCUCAAAUGAGAAGGAGAAGAUACGCUCUGAGGAGGCCAGCCUCGACCCGGUGGCAAUCAGGCCAGCGCAUGAGAAUGUCCAGGUUAAGCAGGACACGUUGGUAACAUCGCCCAAGCCUACCUGUAUGGUGACUCCAAUGACUCACAGCGGCACUGGGGCUGAACAUACAGAGGAGGAAGAGGAAGAAAAGAAGGUCUGCCUUCCAGGCUUUACAGGAUUGGUCAACUUGGGCAACACUUGCUUCAUGAACAGUGUCAUCCAAUCGUUAUCCAACACACGGGAGCUUCGUGACUACUUCCACGAUCAAUCCUUUGAGUCUGAAAUAAAUUACAACAACCCUCUGGGAACGGGCGGGCGACUGGCCAUUGGUUUCGCAGUGCUUUUGAGGGCUCUGUGGAAAGGAACGCACCAUGCCUACCAGCCGUCUAAGCUGAAGGCUAUUGUGGCCAGUAAAGCCAGCCAGUUCACUGGUUACGCACAGCACGAUGCACAGGAGUUUAUGGCAUUUCUACUGGAUGGCCUGCAUGAGGACCUUAAUAGGAUACAGAACAAACCAUACACAGAGACAGUGGACUCCGAUGGACGCCCCGAUGAGGUGGUGGCAGAGGAAGCUUGGGAGCGUCACAAGAUGCGAAAUGAUUCCUUCAUUGUGGACCUGUUCCAGGGCCAGUACAAGUCCAAGCUGGUGUGUCCUAUGUGUUUCAAGGUAUCGAUCACAUUUGAUCCGUUCCUCUACCUGUCGGUCCCACUGCCACAGAAGCAGAAGGUGCUGACUGUUUUCUACUUUGCUAAGGAGCCCCACAUAAAACCCAUCAAGAUCUUGGUGAGUGUGAGCAAGGAAAAUGCCAGCGCCACAGACAUCUUUGAAGCUGUUGCCCGAAACAUGAAGGUAAAAGUAGACUGUCUCCGACUAGCUGAGGUUGUGAGAAAUAGAUUCCAGCGACUAUUUUUGGCAUCUCAGUCCCUGGAUACAGUGUCCCCCAGUGAUACACUCUUCUGCUUCGAGGUGCUGUCUCAAGACCUUACAAAGGAGCGAGUAGUCGAGCUGCAAGUACAACAGAGGUUGUUAAUCCCAAACAUCUCGAUCAACAAGUGUGCUGCCUGCCAGAAGCCACAACAGCCGGAGGAGAAGCUGCGUCGUUGCACUAGCUGCUACCGAGUUGCCUACUGCAACCAGACUUGUCAAAUGAAUCAUUGGUCAGAUCACAAAAACCAAUGCAGAGCGGAAAACAUCGGCUUGCCCUUCAUAAUUAGCGUGCAGGAAUCGCGGCUCACCUAUUCCAGGCUGACACAACUGUUGGAGGGAUAUUCAAGAUAUUCAGUUAAUGUGUUCCAACCUCCAUUCCAACCUGGUCGAAUCUCACCUGAGCCACCCCUUUCCAAGAUAGAUAAUAUGCAACCCACCACUGGAACCAGUCCCGGCUCUGAAACUGGAGAUGGAAAUCUGCCACUGGAAGUUCAGGAACGAGACUUCCGGCCCCUCCAACGUACUCACAUCACUAGCUCUAUGUCCGAGCCUCUCCUGGCCUCUGCUUUCUUAAAGGGAACAAGCUGGCCAGGCAGAGAGAGGGAUUCAAUUCACAGCUACGACUCGGGGUUCUCGGAAAUGCAGCCAGAAUCACAGGACCACUUAGGAUGUGAGAAGGAAACCUCUUACGAGAAAGCUCCAAAGCCUGAGGCUGUGAUUCCUGGUUACCAGCAGCCAUCUGCAUCAGUACGUUUUCACACACCACAGUUUUACAUCAAACUCAUUGACCCGUCAAACAAAGAGCAGAAAAUGGAAGACAAAGGUGAUGCUCCCUUGGAACUUCCUGAUAAUGUUUCGUUGGCAAUGGUUUGGAAAAACAACGAGCGGCAGAAGGAGUAUGUGCUGGUGGAAUCCAAAGAACUUGAGUACGUCGAAGAUCCCAAUUCAGCCAGUGAAGCAGCCAAAGCUGGCUACUUCACACUGGAGCAAUGUCUGAAUCUCUUCACUAAACCCGAGGUGCUGGCACCUGAGGAAGCCUGGUACUGUCCCAAAUGUAAACAGCAUAGGGAGGCAUCCAAGCAGUUGAUGUUAUGGUGGCUCCCAAAUGUCCUCAUCAUUCAACUGAAACGCUUUUCCUUUCGCAAUUUCAUCUGGAGAGACAAAAUCAAUGAUAUGGUGGAGUUUCCUGUCAGGAACUUGGACCUGAGUAAGUUCUGCAUUGGUCAGAAGGAUGACCGACAGCCCCCUGUCUACGAUCUGUAUGCAGUAAUCAAUCACUAUGGUGGAAUGAUUGGGGGUCAUUACACUGCCUAUGCACGCCUACCUAAUGACAAGAACAGUCAGCGGAGUGAUGUGGGUUGGCGCCUCUUUGACGACAGCACUGUCACAACGGUUGAUGAAAGCCAAGUGGUAGCUCGGCAUGCCUACGUGCUGUUCUAUCGCCGCCGCAAUUCUCCCGUAGUGAGGCCUUCACGGACGAGAGCUGCCACGCGGGGAGCAGAGUGCACGGCGGAAGCAGAUGGAACAGCCUCCCAGGCUUCUCUAAUAUGGCAGGAGCUGGAGGCAGAAGAUACUGGGGAAGAGGCACCACGCACACCAGGCAGGCAUAAUCAGGGACUUAGGCCACUGCAGUCUCGGAUCCACGAGGAGCUCUCAGGAACCUGGCUCUCAGACUACUCAGACCAGGAUUACAUCCGAUAUUUUGUCCUCAGCACUUUUGCUGCCAUGCUAGCUCUCUUUGUAAAUGUCCUGUAUCCUCUGCUCAUUUAGCACCUGUGUAUCACAGUAGUAGAGGGAGGCAGCAAUUGUACAUACUGCCUAACCGCACUUCCACAACACCAGCCCCCUCUGUGUCUCUUGCAUCCCGCCCCAUUUUCACUGUUGUGAUUUGCACGGUACAUCCAUAGGGUUCCAGUUAUUUGUGUACUCCCAGUUGUACAGCACACAGCUGCCUUGUUUUCCCACAAAUUAUUAAUUUUUUAAUAGGGCAGUGCUCUAAAAACUCUGCGUACCCGCUGUUCCAUCUGUGAGCCACAGUGUUGGGCUGUGAGAGUUAGCGAUGACAGCUUCACUGACUAAAACUGAUAUCGUGGUUCUUAAAAUUAAAUGAAUAAAACUUGAAUACUGGUAGUCUUGGACCUCUGCCUACUGAUUAAUCCUCAUACUUUUUUAAUUAUAGUUUAGAAUUUAAGGAUUUCCGGUUAAUAAACCUCUGAAAGCAAUGUGAGAUUUUGUUUUGUCCCAUGAAACACACUGAAUGUUGAACAGAGAACUGUUUUCUCUGUGCUACUGAGAUCCACGCAGCCUGCACCACACCACCCACCCAGAGCCCUCCUCCUCCCCAGAGCUGGGCGCCUCCCGUCCCCCACGCCCGCGCGGCUGGAGACCAUCCCGUCCCCCACGCCCGCGCGGUUGGAGACCACCCCAUCCCCACGCCUGUGCAGCUGGAGACCACCCCACGCCUGCACGGCUGGGUGCCUCCCAUUCCCCACGCCCGUGCAGCUGGAGACCACCCCACGCCUGCGCGGCUGGGUGCCUCCCAUUCCCCACGCAGCUGGGUACCUCCCAUUCCCACGCCUAUGCUGCCAGGUACCACUGUCCUGCUCCUUUCACACAGAGGCAGAGCCCGUCUGCCUCUCACCCUUGGCUAGUGGGUGGAGGGACAAGUACAGGUGAAACUACCUUAGCUGGCUGUUGAACAUCUGCUUGCUGGGGCUCAGGUGCAACUAUCUCAUUCCAUUAAAGGCCAGUUGAGCACUGUCACAUUAAAGAGCUGAACUUGGAGCCUAAAUGUCAGAAAUCACUAAUAAAUUCAGAGCCGUGCAGAAUGAGACAGCCUCACCUUUACCAAGCAGGGAAUAAAUAUGUUGACUGUCUUUUUGCAGGAUGUUUAUAUCUUGCAUUGAAAAUCUAACACUUGAUUAGGAUUAUAAACUGCUGAUCAUUCAUGCUCUGUUGCAAAAAAUCCCUAACAUUGUAUCUCAAAUGUUGCAUGUAAGGGCUGCUUAAUGGUGGGUGUGUGUGUGACUGACUGUCUGUCUGUCUGUCUUUGUGGCUGGGGGAGGUGGGGGAGAGUUGUUGGUUGUCACUGGAUUGUAUAAAAUUAAAUGUUACGAUGAUGCCUCUAUCCACCAAAUGUAUAUUUUCACAUAUUUUAAAAAUUGUAAUGUUGAUAUGUUUAAAGUGUGUAAAGCUGGGGAGUUUAAAUCUGAUUUAUAAUUUAAAAUACUUUCACUCAGGGCGUUGAUACUUGAUUCUAUCGAUUUGAGCUUUAAAUAUGUUCCUUAAAAUAUAUUGUGCAGUUGAAUGCAAAAACCUUGUAAUAAAUUUUUAUUGCACUUUUUCAGCCAACUUUGAGUUGCAC